AUGUCGAAGAGUAGCCAGAAGUCUUCAGUGGAUUCCAAAUUGGCCGAAAAGAAAGUCUAUUGCGCUUUAAGAGGAAAAACUGUGAGUAAAAAUUGUUACGAAGUGCUUCCUCUUGGCGUCGAAUUGAGUCAAGGACAAUCGCUUGGUCUCAUCAUCAAGAAAGAUACAGUGAUAGGAGUUAAAUGGAAUAGCCCUUGUCUUGGAAUAGUUCGAACAGGAGAUAUACUUUACUCUAUUAACAAAGAAAUAUUUUCGGAGGAUGGUAGUAAAAACAAAGAAAUCCUCUCAAAAAUAACUCAGAGUAGUGGAACAUUCACCGUUCAAGUGAUUAGGUUUAAACGUCGACCCACAAUGAGACCGAUUAUUCCAAGAGGUUAUAAACCAGUGGAGGGAUACGAAUAUGAGUGGACCAUGUUGUAUCUAAUGAGGGGGAUGAGUUUAGGACUGGAUGUUCGUCUAAUUGAUGGAAAGGUUUAUGUGGCAAAUAUAAUGCCAGAUAGCAUCGCAUCAAUGUCACUGCUUAUUGGAGAAUGCAUUGUGGAUGUGGAAGGGGAACUGAUCACGAGUAUUCCACAGCUUACCACCGCGAUGGUGAAAGCAAUGGAUAAGAACGGACUAGCUCGGUUACUUGUGGAGGCGCCUGGUAAUGAUAUGCUUCGCAAUAUGCUUCGAGCAAAAAUAGCUGCUGCUGUGGGUGUUCCUGAUAUAAAGGACCUUCCGCUACCAUCGGAAACAAAGCCGUGGACUGAGAAAGGACUCGCAGCUUUGAAGGAGAAUGAACCGAAGAGCAUUUAUAAGUCGCCACAAAGAGCGGAGAAGGAUAAGAAAGACGACGCUGGAACCACUGAGGAAAAGAGGAGCGCCCAUUUUAAUGAGAAAACGGUUGAACUCAGUUACUAUGAUGACUUGCAAACAAGUUUAAUGGUCAAGGUUCCUCCUCCAAGGACAAGUACAGAUAACCAGCCUGAAGCUAAAAUACAGUGA